AUGCCUGUCGACCGACGGAAAGCGGCUGUGUUCGCCGGAGCAGUUGCUUUACGACUCUUGCUCAUCGCUACCUUUCCCUCGUUGCCAGACCUCCUGACAUCGCGAGUAGAGGUCUCGACGCCAAUCAGUAGCUUUAAGAGAUUGCAAGAGGGUCUCUUUCUAUAUACCCACAAUGUGUCUCCAUACGAUGGCGGUGUUUUCCACCAGGCACCUCUGCUUCUCCCUAUAUUAUCCUUGCUUCCCAACUCGCGGGCGUACCCUUUAGCCACCCAUUUAUUGUAUAUGACAAUUGAUCUCCUGAACGCGAAUGCGCUGAUUCGCAUAUCCGAGUCCUCCGAAUCCAUUACGAGUCGUUUACAUAAUACCUUGCGCAAGAAUAUCAGAUGGGAUGGAGUGGCCAUUGCUGCUUGGUACUUAUUCAACCCCUUUGUUGUCUCUACGUGUCUUGCCCGAUCGACCACGAUUUUUACAAAUACCUCGAUUCUCUACGCAAUCUCAAAUGCUGUCAAUGGGAAUAACGUAAAUGCAAUGAUCGCCCUGGCUAUUGCAUCCUAUCUGUCACUAUAUCCCGCGCUUCUCUUUCCGCCGUUAGUGCUCCUGUGUUAUGAUCGCCUAGCUAGCAACCAGAAAGUCCAGCCCAAAAAGGCAGGUUUUGUGCUUGAACGCCUUGGUAUUUUUAUCGCAACUGUGGGUACCCUCCUGGGGGCUUCAUUCACUAUCACAGGGUUCUCAUGGGAGUUCAUAUCUGCAACAUACGGAGCUCAUCUCCUCGUUCCUGACCUUACUCCAAACUCGGGUUUAUGGUGGUAUUUCUUUAUUGAGAUAUUUGAUUCCUUCCGCGGGUUUUUCCUUGGUGUAUUCUGGUUGCACCUUGCCGGCUACGUUGGAGGCUUGACUAUUCGACUGCGGCGCCAACCCUUGUUCGUCAUAACCUCGCUGGUCGGCAUCUUCGCUAUCUUCAAACCAUACCCAAGUAUUGCCGACGUAUCGCUGUACUUUGGACUCUUGCCUUUGUACCGGCACCUAUCGCCCCUCACACGCUACACUUUUUUCGCAGCGGCCGCAUUACUCUAUGCCACCCUUCUAGGCCCAGCAUUCUAUCACUUGUGGAUCUACGCGGGCUCUGGAAAUGCCAAUUUUUUCUACGCCAUCACUUUGGUCUGGAGCCUCGGUCUGACAAUUCUAGUUGCCGAUUAUAUUUUCGCUGCCUUACGAGACGAAUGGGAAGAGGACCAUCCAGAGAUGAAAGGCAAAGAGGUCAGGCAAAUCUGA